AAGUGGUCAGUUGUGGUAGUGUGAAGCAAGAACAAGAAAUGGCGGAGAAAAUUCAAAUUGUGUUGUGUUUUUUGGCUGUGGCAACCUUGGCGGGAGGCGUGGCUGUUGCUAACGAGAGCGUCUCCAUUUGCGACGCGAACGAAGAGUUCCUAUCAUGCGGCACAGCCUGCGCUGGGACCUGCACCCAGCCCGAACCAGUUGUCUGUGGGGCCACCUGCAGUAUGGGCUGCUUCUGCAAGUCUGGCUUCGUCAGAGACACCGCCAGCAACAAGUGCGUCACUGUCGACCAGUGUCCCGUUGAACAAUGCUUCAACAAGAACGAGGUCUACGACAUUUGCAACGGAUCCUGUGAGCCCUCCUGUGCUGACCCUGAGCCUAUCUGUACCAAGCUGUGCACCGGAGGAUGCAUCUGUUCAACUGGUCUCCUCAGAGACGAUAAUGGAGAAUGUGUCACGGUUGACAAAUGCCCUGCCAGCAAUUCAACUGACCCUGGACUCUUGGGGAAGUACUUGAAUGCUAUCAAUCGCAUCCUGCAUCUUAACACUGAGGCGACUGAGGCGUAAGUUGAAAUUAACUGUUGAUGUGUGCAGUAGGAUAAGGAUAUUUCACGAGAUUAUGACGUCACAAUAAGAAACACAAAAUAUUUUAAUGUAUAAAAGGGAAAGGUCACUGACUGACUGACUCACUCACUCAUCACGAAAUCUCAGAAACUACAAGUGCUAGGAGUCUCAUAUUUUGCAUGGGGGUUCCUUUUAGAACGUAGGUGCUCACUAAGACGAGAAUUUGGAAAAUUCGAAGUAGCGGGCGGCCGCUACUUAGUGAA